GCCUUUUGCUUUGCGUUUGUUCUUUGUAUUAUGUAGUUGCCAACUUUGCUUUAUGUGCCAAGUGAAUUUAUUCAGUUUAUAGGUUAUAAUGGUUUUCAAUAAUAAUAAUUUAUAAUCAUUAUUCAUAAUGUUUUGAUUAUCUGCAAUAAAACUUUGAGUGUCGGCAGGGAGGAGGAUGGUGCCACAGCCGCAUGGCGAGGGGGCGGGGGGCUCUGAGGAGGGAGUGCGACAGCGACUGCAGAGCGAACUGCUAGCUGCGGUCCGCGACUGCCAGAGUCGCUUCGGCGGCCGUAGAGAGCUCGCCACCGAGUUGGACGCACAUGUGCGAGUGCUGCUCGCCUCGCUCGAACGAGUGUUCGCGCACGGCUUGUGUGCGCCGCGAACAGGCUCGUCCAAUUCUGCCAUCAGGCAAGUUACCGAAAAAGUCCUGGGCACCAGUGUGGGAAGCAGCGGCAGUUUUAGUGGCGAAUCCACCGCUUCGUUCUGGCCGAUUGUUCGCGAACAUUUGACCGCGCACGAGCGUGACCGUUACACGCAUCUGCGCCACGUGUGGACGGACGGCGGACGCGCGCGUGCCUGGCUAAGGUCGGCCAUCAACGAGCACUCGCUCGAGCGAACUGUGCUCGCGCUGCUCGCCAGCGAACUGAUUGCCGAACACUAUGAGCCGUGGGCAUUUCUCAGGGAUCAGGAGCGCAACAGUAUUCUGCCCACUACCGCUGCCGGUUUGGGCUCCAUUUUGUUUGCAAUUAGCAUUGAUAAACCAGAACUGAACCAUUGUAGCAGUUCCAAUUUGGCAAGCAAUAGCAGUAUGCCUCAUGCUGAACCAGUCAUACCUCCUCCGGUUAAUGUUCCAGGUGCUAAAAGAAGUGACGGCAGACGGAAAAAGAAGAUUUCGCCAAAUAUAAUCUCGUUUGAUGACGAUGAUGAUUUUGAAGUGACAUCGACCUCACCUACUGUUCAACCGGUUUUGCCUCCACCUACCAACGAUGCCAACCAAGCCAUAACUAUAGGAGUUGACUGUCUGGAGUCUGAAAGCACGGCCGAUAUUGAUUCCGGUAUUGCCGACUCAGAAAACGAACUACAAAGUGUUGGUCUGCGACCUGUGACCAAUAGCAGCGUGGGAGAACUGAUUCCGGUGGCAUUAAGUGAGGAGACUCACUCUUCCGAAGAUUCGCUCUCUGUUCCUAGCUUUUCUGAGGAUAAUGAAUGCACAGGCAUAGUUGAAGAAGUGGCAGCUGUUGUAUUAGUAAGUGGCGGUGAGGAAUCCAAUUACGCGGAUGAUGGGGAUGAGACCAGUUUAGAGCAGCAACUGCAGACAGAGAGGGGAUUAUGUGCAGCUCUUAGGGCGCAGCUCAGUGAAUGCCAGAAGCGAUUGCAGGAUACUGACACUACCAUCAACACACUCAACAGGGAAAAUGAGCUGCUAAAACAUCAACUACGAAAAUACGUGAUGGCUGUGCAAUCAAUAGAACAAGAUGAACGAGCUAGCUUAUUCGAACAGAAGCUCGUACAGGUGGCAGAAAUGCACGGCGAACUUAUGGAGAUGAAUGAGCGACUACAGCGUAGCCUGGUGGCGAAAGAAUCACUCAUCGAGAGGCUGCGAGCCGAGCUGGAGGGGGUGAGGGGACCCCUCCCCUCCGCACUAUCAUCCUCCACCUCCUCAUCCGCCUCAUCACUUGUUUCUCUCUGGCUGCCGUCGGUUUUUCUCAGUGGGGACACAGACAGUCAUCACGUGUAUCAGGUUCACGUUCGUAUUUGCUCAGAAGAGUGGAACGUCUACAGACGCUACGCCCAGUUCUAUGCGCUCCACAAACAACUCAAAAAGCAGUACCCCAUUGUUUCCACGUUUAACUUUCCUCCCAAAAAGACAAUAGGAAAUAAGGAAGCGAGGUUCGUAGAGCAGCGCCGUGACGGGCUACAACAAUAUCUGCGAAAAGUGGUGGACCAGCUGGUGCAGACUCAGCCAGAGUUGGCCACCCAUCCAUCCAAGCCACUGCUCAUCUCGUUGCUGCCCUUUUUCGGUGAACUCACAUGUAUGGAGGACAAACAGAAAAAAGGCUCGAAAGCCCCGCGACAGACCUAUGCGGCUGAUAGUCCACAUUACACCGGCCUCUAAUGCUAAACCCCAAUGUUACUUCAAUCCUAAAUCCUAAACAUUAAUUAUCAGCUAUAGAUUCAUGGAAAGUAUUAUAUAUUUUGUACUCUAAUCAUCACCAUUACAUAAAUGAAGUUAUUAUAUUUAUACAUAAUUGUAGACAAUACAUAAAUAUAUAUUUUUAAGAAUC